GCCAGGCUCAACAGCCGGUGGGGGGUGGGAGGCAGCCAGCUUGACCCACCCAGCCCUGGGGAAGAGGGGAGUGUCCUCACCUCCAUCGACCAGGAGGUGGGGAACUCUGAGGGGACUGGGCAGCCGGAGGGGGAGGUCACUGUAGGGCUAUCAUGUAGGGAAAGUUCUGGCAGGGACUGAAGAAUGUAGGGGAGUGGGGGCUGGGCCUGGCCCAGCGGCUGAAGUUAGCAGCAAGAGCAGAGCCGGAAGCCCUGGGUUCCCGGAGGGUAGGAGGGGAACCCCUGAGUCAGGCAGGCCGGGACCAAGACCCAGCAGGUGGCAAGAGUGAAGACUCCUCCCCGCCUGCUGCGUCUGAGCCAUGCCCCAGCCCAGGGGCCACGGGAGGAGUCCUGAGAGCCGGGGGCUUCCAGUGCGCAGCAUCCGACCAUUUAAGUCCAGCGAGCAGUACCUGGAGGCCAUGAAGGAGGACCUGGCCGAGUGGCUGCGGGAUCUUUAUGGGCUGGACAUCGAUGCAGUCAACUUCCUGCAGGUGCUGGAGACAGGCCUGGUGCUGUGCCGACAUGCCAACACUGUCACCGAGGCCGCCCAGCCCUUCCUGGCGGAGGCUCCCACCUGGGCCCAGAGGCUUCCCAUGCCCCGGAUCGGGGUUCCCUGCAACGGGACUGCCCAGCCUGGCACCUUCCAGGCCCGGGACAACAUCUCCAACUUCAUCCAGUGGUGUCGCACGCAGAUGGGCAUCCCAGAGGUGCUGAUGUUUGAGACUGAGGACUUGGUGCUGCGCAAAAACGUGAAGAACGUGGUGCUGUGUUUGCUGGAGCUGGGCCGCCGGGCCUGGCGCUUCGGCGUUGCAGCACCCACCCUGGUGCAGCUGGAGGAGGAGAUCGAUGAGGAGCUGCGACAGGAGCUGGCUCUGCCCCCACCCGACCCGCCGCUGCCCGCGACCCCCACUCGUCGGCCCUGCCACUUCCACAACCUGGACCAGAUGGUGCAGAGCCUCGUGAGCCGCUGCACGUGCCCAGUUCAGUUCUCCGUGGUCAGGGUGUCUGAAGGCAAGUACCGCGUGGGGGACUCCAACACCCUCAUCUUCAUCCGGAUCCUCCGGAACCACGUGAUGGUGCGUGUGGGUGGCGGCUGGGACACGCUCGGUCAUUAUCUGGACAAGCAUGACCCCUGCAGGUGCACGUCCCUAUCGCACAAGCCAAGCAGCUUCCAGAAGCCCCCAGUCCGACCAGCACAGCAUGAAGUGAGGGUACAGGAUGGGCCAAGGAUGACCAUCAGCCGCUCCCAGAGCCCGCUGCCCCCUGUGGACUGGAAGACAUACACCUCUUCAGGCCGAAAGCUGAGGCCCCACGCCUCCACCACCCCCCGCGACAAACAGGGAGCAGGGGUGGAGGUGCUCAGAGAGACGGCACCACUCCCGAGGUGCCAGGAGAGGUUGCUUACCCCAAGUUGGAGGCAGCUGAUGGCUGGGAAUAGCCCACCCAGCCCUCAAUCCUCAUCUACCCAUAGGGGCCAAGACCCCCAGUGCACAUCCUCAGGGAAGAGGGAGGACAGAAUCCCCCCUCAAUCCUCCAGGGGAAGGACUCCCACUUCAUGGGUCUCUGAGGAGACGGACAGCUGGGGAACCCACGCCAGGGCUUCCACCCCCCAGAGACUGCAAGGCCCUGAGGCUGCUGCCAAAGGGACCCCAACAAGAGGACCAUCUCCCUUGCCUCAUUCCGCUAGCCCAGCCAAGCCUCUGGGCCUCAGGAAGCUACCCCAGGAUGAGGCCAAGGGUGCUUCUCCCCAGCUCAGGGAUCCACCAUCUGUCCGUUCUCCAUCUCCUGCUAAAGGACCUACCAAGAUCCCCAUCCAACUGCCCUCUUCCUGCCCCCCUACUCCAGGAAUUUUUCCAAGUACUGCAAGUGGAGGUCCCACGACAGAAUUGGGGAGAGGCUCAGACCCAUUAAGGGCCAAUUUUGGGGACAGAUAUCCAGCUAGAUCCAGACAUGGGGACUGCACUGCAGAGGGGGAGCAGGAGGGUCAGAAGCUGGACAUGCAGGUUACAGCCCAGGCUUCAGAGCCCCGGAGACCGGGCCUACAGGAGCCGGAGGGGAGGUGCACUCCCCUGCCCCUGGGCAGGACCAAGGAGCAAGCCGUCUACCACAGACUUGAAGAGGAGAUUCUGGCCAACAUGAAGCUGCUAGAGGUGGGGGUUGCCCGUCCCCAGGGCACAGUGUCUGGGGCCAUCCCUCGAAGUGGUGUCUACGUCCCCAGUCUGGGUGGGCAGUGGCCCAAGCCUGGAGGUCCUUAUGACAAAGUCAUUGAAGAACUGACACAGGGUCCCCCACCCCUCCUUAAGGUGGACCUGGAAGCCUGGGGAGCAGGCUGUGCAGGGUUCCCUAAGAUGGCUGUUACCUCAGGCCCAGGAAGCCCAAAAGAGAAGCUGGUAGCUAAAGAGAGUGUGCCAAGGACCGAGGCAAGCCUGAGUGCCAAGGACCCUAGGUUGAGGAAGGUCCCACCUCAAGGAGGGCAGGACUGCUCAGCCUCCACUGUGUCUGCCAGCCUGGAGGCUCCCAUGUCUUCAUCUUUGAACCUCAAUUCUGACAAAGUCAAGGCAAGUCUGGGCAAGGGAAAGCGAUUACUCCGGAAGCCCCAGAGGGUCCCAUCCAUCUACAAGCUGAAGUUGAGGCCCAGGAUCCGGCCCCGGAGGGAUCACAGGCCCGAGAAGCAGCCUUCACGCAUCCCCAAGCCGCUGGCCUACCUUCCCCUGGGUCCAGCCAGGGCACCCCCCAGGGACAAGCUGGCGUGGGCAGUGCUGGGCAGCACAGGAGGAGAGGCAUUCCCAGUGGAUGGGGAGAAGGAGGAGGGAAAGGAGAAGAAAGAGCCAGCCACCCCAUUGGAGAGCAGCCUCCAGCCUUCUGAGGGCCUGGAGCCUCAGCAGCUUGAUCAAGCCCCACUUCCACCUGAGGAGGAGUCCUGGGUCUGAGGAGGGGUCUUCUCAUUCCUGAGCCUGGGGGUGUGGGCAAGAGUGGGGGAUGCAGAGGAUGCCCACGUUUCCACGGGAUUCCCAGCUGCGGGACUGAAGGGACGGUGGCCCCUCACCUCAAACAGGAUCUUGGCCAGGAGGGGACUGGAAGAUAAACAUAGACUUGAUUUGUUCAGUUGAGCAAAGGGUCUGAAUUCAAGCCCCAACUUCUUGCGUCCCUCCCUUUAGGACUGCGGUGGCACAGAAAGGUGGAGCUUCAAGCGGUAU